UGUCGUCGAGUGUUGUUGGCUAAAAGUAUCUUUGCUGCGUUGGUUUAUGUACAAAUCGACCGCCUGCUUGGUUGUGAAUAGUAUCAGAGCAUUGUCACGGACGAGAUUACAAGCAGCUGCCAAAAACGGUUUAUUUUCCAGCGUUCAACGUCGAACAAAGUACGGUCGCCUUGCCAUGCCUGAAGCAGCAACAGCAGCCUCGUCCGAAACCGGCAGGUUCAUGUACCCGGAGGCGCGUCGCGAUGAAUCGGUGGUGGACGAGUUCCAUUCCGUAAAGAUUGCCGACCCGUAUCGUUGGUUGGAGGAUCCAGAUGCGGAGGAAACGCAGGCCUACGUGGAAAAGCAGAACGAAAUCUCGAAACCGUUUCUCGACACGUGCCCCGAAUGGAAGAAGCUGAACGAAAAGUUGCGAAAGCGAUGGAAUUAUCCCAAGUAUUCGUGUCCGUUCAAGCACGGAAACAAGUAUUUCUUCUUCAUGAACACCGGCUUGCAAAAUCAGGACGUGUUUUAUGUCCAGGACAAGCUCGACGGCGAACCGAGGGUCUUUCUCGAUCCCAACACACUCUCCACCGAUGGAACGAUCGCGCUCGUUGGGUCUCGAUUUUCCGACGACGGGCAACUGUACGCGUACGGAUUGAGCCAAAGCGGUUCCGAUUGGACCAAGUUAAAGAUCCGAAACGUUGAAACGGGAGUGGACUUUCCCGAAACGAUCGAGCACACCAAGUUUGUGACGGCCUCGUGGACGAAGGACAACAAGGGAUUCUUCUAUGCGCGCUACCCGGUCGUCGAUGGGAAAGCGGACGGUUCGGAGACGGCGGCAAACGAGAAUCAAAAGUUGUAUUACCAUCGUGUUGGCGAGUCACAGGAUAAGGAUGUACUGAUUGCGGAGUUUCCGGAGGAACCAUCUUGGCGAUUAAUGCCGGAGGUUUCCGAUUGUGGCAAAUACCUGAUGCUGUUCAUAAUGAAGGGCUGUAAGGACAUGCUACUGUAUUUUAGCAAUCUUGAAAAGGCGGGCAAACUCGAAUCAAAGCUGGAUUUUGUUAAAGUAGUCACUGAAUUUGAUAGCGAUUACGAUUACGUUACCAACGAAGGUAGCAUAUUUUCCUUCCGCACGAACAAGGGUGCACCGAAUUAUCGGAUCGUUAACAUCGACUUCGACCAGCCCGAGAUGGAGCACUGGAAAACGUUGGUUCCGGAGCAUCCCAAGAAUGUGCUCGAUUGGACCACCUGCGUGAACAAGGAUCGUAUCGUCCUUGGGUACAUCGACGACGUGAAAUCGCUGCUGGUGGUACACAGUCUGGCUGAUGGUAGCUUUGUGUCGAAAUUUCCACUCGAAAUCGGUACGGUGGCCGGAUUCAGUGGCAAGAAGAAGUACUCGGAAAUCUUCUACCAUUUCGUGUCGUUCCUGACACCGGGCAUUAUCUAUCAUUACGAUUUUGAGGGCAAACAGGAGGACGGAUCAGCGAUGCAACCAACCAUCUUCCGUGAGGUGAAGAUUGAGGACUUUGACAACAGCCGGUAUGCGGUGGAGCAAAUCUUUUACCACAGCAAAGACGGAGAGAAAGUCCCGAUGUUCAUCGUCCAGCGGAAGCAGGAAAAGAAGGAACACAAACCGUGCCUGCUGUAUGGCUACGGUGGAUUCAACAUUUGUGUCCAACCGUCUUUCAGCAUCACGGGGCUGGUCUUUAUCGAUUCGUUCGAUGGAAUUCUGGCGUACCCCAACAUUCGUGGUGGAGGCGAGUACGGUGAGCGGUGGCACAAUGCGGGCCGGUUGCUGAAAAAGCAGAACGUUUUUGAUGACUUCCAGCAUGCCGCACAAUACCUGGUGGAGCAUGAAUACACCACCCACGAUAAGAUUGUUAUCCAGGGCGGAUCGAAUGGUGGCCUGCUGGUUGGAGCUUGCAUAAACCAACGUCCGGAUCUAUUCGGUGCAGCCAUCGCGCAAGUCGGUGUGAUGGAUAUGCUUCGCUUCCAUAAGUUCACAAUUGGCCGGGCCUGGGUGUCGGACUACGGUGAUCUGAACGAACAGCAACACUUUGAGAAUCUGCUGCGCUAUUCACCUUUGCACAACGUGCGCAUGCCUACCUCGGAAAAAGACCAGUACCCGGCCACGCUAGUGCUAACGGCUGAUCACGACGAUCGGGUCAGCCCGCUGCAUUCACUCAAGUUCGUUGCUGCACUCCACCACGCCAUCAAGGAUUGUGAGCACCAGAAAAAGCCACUGUUGCUGCGCGUGUACAGCAAAGCCGGUCAUGGCAUGGGAAAACCGACGGCCAAGAAAAUCGAGGAAGCGACCGAUAUUCUCACAUUCAUGUACAAGACUCUCGGGCUCAAGCUUUCGUUCUAGAGAGACUGAAUGAGACGGUUUUUGGACUAACGCUGAGAAAACGUAGUAUGGAUUUGGUUUGCAAAAAGUAUCCGCGAAAAAUGCAUUUCGUUGAGCAAACGUGUCGGAUGGCGAGGCCGCAUUAUUGUACACUUUUAGUUGCACUUUUUAUGCAUGCGUCGUCCUUCCAGUCGCCGCUGUGCGUGUGUAAGCUUUGAAUUGAAACAUUUAUAUUUUUGAUUUGUGGAAAAAAAAAAACAAAAGCAAAUAAAAUA